CCCCGGUAAUAUCACCUCGAAAAUUGUUUAGAAACGCACUGGACGAAACAAACCCAUAUUCCGAGAAGUCAACUCGUCGAUCAUAAUAGGCUACAUUACUGUGUUAUAUAGGAUUUUCACAUAAACAUAUCCAAAAUGGAAGGUAAGACUGAAUACGUAAAGAAUUCGAUUAAUUUCGGCGAGCCUUGGGAUGAAGGAGAUAUGGUGCUGAUAAGUGAAAGUGAUGAGAAGGUGUACGCUUCAAAUGCUGUGCUCAAAAUGAUGUCUCCGGUAUUUAAAGCAAUGUUCAAUUCUGAUAUGAAAGAAAAGAAUAUGACCGAGGUUAAACUCCCGGGAAAAAGCACAACGGAUCUUGUUGUCUUUAUGGAGGCAAUACAUCCCAACACUUGGGCAACUGUUUCAGUUUGGAAUAUCGAUGUCCUGUUACAAUUAUCGAGAGAGUACCUAGUAGAUAAGCUAAUAAAAAGAUGUGAGAAUUAUAUGGCGGAGGCAGAACCGUGUCUCGCGAACUUUAUUCGUGCGGCUGAAUAUGGAUUCCAGGAAGUCAAAAAGAAGAAUAUGCAAUUUGUCCUUGCUCAGCCACUAACUGUUCUCCAGCAACAUUAUUGGUUUUCAAAGCUAAAAGAUGAUGAUCUUGUCAACAUAUUGCAAACGAAGGUUUUAAUGCAGGAAUAUGCAUUUUGUACAACAACUAAUCUACUUAAUAAUUACUUUGAUGAAGAUUAUACAUGCAAUGCUCGACUAAGAUCUGGAAAAGCAUCAGUAUCAUCAUGGGCUCUACCACCGAUAGAGCCCAUGGUAUCAUGUACCAAAGAGCAAAGAAAAGGGAACUUGAAACUAUGUCCACACAAGACAGCAACCCUUAGAAAACAGACCCAGGAUGCUUAUGAUAAGUUUUGUAGUUAUAAAAAAACGACAGAUUUUGUGAUACAUCCUCCAGGCCCGUAGCCAGGAUUUGCCAAGGGGGGGGGGGUUCAAUUUUCAAAAAUGUCCAGGGGGGGUUCACAUUUGACAAUUUUGGCACAAAUAUGGCUAAAAUCACUUGAGAAGUGCU